GUUCUUCGGAUCAUGUCUGGUGGCUCCGCGGAUUAUAACAGAGAACGUGGCGGCCCAGAGGGAAUGGACCCCGAUGGUGUCAUCGAGAGCAACUGGAAUGAGAUUGUUGAUAACUUUGAUGAUAUGAACUUAAAGGAGUCUCUUCUUCGGGGCAUCUAUGGUUAUGGUUUUGAGAAGCCAUCAGCUAUUCAGCAGAGAGCUAUUAUUCCAUGUAUUAAAGAUCCAAAAGGUAUUCUGGCACUUGGAGAUUAUAUGGGAGCAACUUGUCAUGCCUGCAUUGGUGGAACAAAUGUUAGAAAUGAAAUGCAAAAACUGCAGGCUGAAGCACCACAUAUUGUUGUUGGAACACCAGGGAGAGUGUUUGAUAUGUUAAACAGAAGAUAUCUCUCUCCAAAAUGGAUCAAAAUGUUCAUUUUGGAUGAAGCAGAUGAAAUGCUGAGCCGAGGGUUUAAGGAUCAAAUCUAUGAGAUUUUCCAAAAAUUAAAUACUAGUAUUCAGGUGGUGUUGCUUUCUGCCACAAUGCCAAAGGAUGUGUUGGAAGUGACCAAAAAAUUCAUGAGAGAUCCAAUUCGAAUUUUGGUGAAGAAGGAAGAAUUGACCCUUGAAGGAAUCAAGAAGUUUUAUAUUAAUGUUGAAAGAGAGGAAUGGAAGUUGGAUACACUUUGUGACUUGUACGAGACACUGACAAUUACACAGGCUGUUAUUUUCCUCAAUACAAGGCGCAAGGUGGACUGGCUCACAGAGAAAAUGCAUGCCAGGGACUUCACAGUUUCUGCCCUGCAUGGUGACAUGGACCAGAAAGAAAGAGAUGUUAUCAUGAGGGAAUUUCGAUCAGGGUCAAGCCGUGUUCUGAUCACUACUGACUUGUUGGCUCAUGGAAUUGAUGUGCAACAAGUGUCAUUGGUUAUAAACUAUGAUCUACCUACCAAUCGUGAAAAUUAUAUUCACAGAAUUGGCAGAGGGGAUCGAUUUGGGAGGAAAGGUGUGGCUAUAAACUUUGUUACUGAAGAAGACAAGAGGAUUCUUCGUGACAUUGAGACUUUCUACAAUACUACAGUGGAGGAAAUGCCAAUGAAUGUGGCCGACCUUAUUUAAUUCCUGGGAUGAGAUAGUUUUGAAUGCAGUGCUCGCUGUUGCUGAAUAGGCGAUCACAACGUGCAUUGUGCUUCUUUCUUUGGGAAUAUUUGAAUCUUGUCUCAAUGCUCAUAACGGAUCAGAAAUACAGAUUUUGAUAGCAAAGCGACGUUAGUCGUGAGCUCUUGUGAGGAAAGUCAUUGGCUUUAUCCUCUUUAGAGUUAGACUGUUGGGGUGGGUAUAAA